UCUCGGGCGGCGGUCGGUCGGUCGGCAGUGCUGUUGCAGUGCAGUGCCAGCAGCCUGGCCGGAAGGCAGUGUCGUUUGUUUACUCCAGUGGCUGCCGUGGUACUGCAGCGAGCACCGUCGUUCUCGAUAGCGGAAGAAUUAUGGAUCUCAGUGCCCGAUUACGUUUGAUAGAGCGGAUGCGCCAGGGGACUGGUGCCGAGGGCCGGCCUCUGUUCCUCACUCUCCAGGACGUCAAUCCUGCCAGGAGGGUCCCCUCUGUGACUCCCAUCAAACGAGUUGGACCGUACUCGAGCUACAGGGAGCUGUGCCAAACUCAACAUGAUUUGCUUGCGGAGGAUUUCCGCCGAGCAGUGAGUGAGCAGAUAAAUGAAAUACGGGCAAACCCGAAGCUGCUCAGCUCGUCCGCGCACUACGAGGUGAAGGCUGAAAGAGUUCUGCUCACCCAGAACUACGGAAGAAGCGGAAGGCAUCAAAUUGGGGUUAAGAUGUAUUUCGAUCCCAAGAAGUACGGGCACGUCCGCUGGGACGAAGACAAGCGGUUCCUGACCGGGAACCUCGUGUUCCUCAGCCGAAACGGAAUGAACACCUUUGACGUGGGCGUGGUGCAUGAUAGCAGCCCGCAUCAUUUGAGGAAGGGGUGUGUCGUAAUCAAGAUGAUAUCCGGUGUGAACAGCGACGAAAAAUACUUCAGGAUGCUGGAUCAGUCUGAGUUUGUAGGAAAAACAUACCACCUAGUUGAGUCAGCAGCGUUUUAUUUUCCCUACCUCCACGUUACGAAUGCCUUGCGGGAGAAUCGAUUUCAGAGUUUGUUCACUGAUGAAAUUGUGAGGGGCCAGACAUCUCAACCGCCGGCGUACUUGAGUCACGUGUCAUCUGGGUGGAGAAUUGCACAUCUACGCGCCGAUGUCGUGCGGGGGCUCAACAAAUCGCAGGCAGCUGCCUUCGAGAGCGUCCUUCAGAGGCGAGUCGCCCUAGUGCAAGGACCUCCGGGUACAGGCAAAACGUACCUCGGAUGCAAAAUUGCUGAGUAUUUCGUCAGCCUCAAAGGCACGAACCCAAAUGUAUUCAGAGGCCCCAUAUUAGUGGUGACAACAACAAAUCAUGCAGUCCAUGAGUUCCUGAGUCGCUGUCUGCUGUUUACAAAUAAGCUUAUCCAUGGCUACAGCGACAAGCAUGGAAGAUCGCAGUACGGUGAACUUCAAGAGACUUAUGAUGAAUCCAGCCAACAUGAGAAAACCGACAUCAUGCGGGAGGCGGACAUACUCGCUAUGACCACCACCAGGGCGGCUUACAUGCGUUCUACGUUGGACCUUUUGGGAAUAAACAUUGUCAUUGUAGAGGAAGCGGCUGAGGCUUUGGAGGCAUUUGUUUUGGCCUCCAUCCCUAAAAACGUCCAGCACCUUAUCCAGAUUGGAGAUCACAAGCAGCUCCAGCCGAGCUGCAGCCAUCACGCCCUGGCAGGCAGCCACAACUUGGACCUCUCGCUCUUCGAGCGGCUCAUCAACAACGGGCUGGAGUGCCCCAUGUUGAACGAGCAGCGGCGGAUGCGACCCUCCAUUAAGAAGCUGGUGGCGAACAUCUACCCAAGCCUCACCAACCACCCCUCGACGGCAGGGAGGCCACCCGUUAAAGGAGUUGAUCUCAAGACUCCGGUGUUCUUCAUCAACAAGGCAGAGCCGGAAACGCGGGAAGGUACUGGUUACUGCCACGCUCAAGAGGCAGAGAUGGCUGCAGAACUGGGAGCUUACUUGCUCCAGCAAGGGUACGAUGCAGACAAGAUCACCAUUUUGACAACGUAUAGAAAACAGCUCGGCCUGGUGCUAAAACACUUGCGCCACAUUGGAGGUGAUGCUAAGACCAUCCGAGCUACAUGUGUAGACAACUUCCAAGGCGAAGAAAACGAGAUCAUCAUCUUGUCUUUAGUGAGAAGUAAUUCGUCGGGUUGUAUCGGCUUUUUGGAGAAAGAGAACAGAGCGUGCGUCGCGUUAAGCAGAGCCAGAACUGGCUUCUUCAUGCUGGGAAACUUGACGUGCCUGGCGGCGUCCGGGUCCGCCUCGUGGCGGCACGUGAGUGAGGUGCUGGCCAAGGCGCGCCGCGUUGGGCCGGCGCUGCCUCUGGUGUGCCCGCACGGCCUGAGGUUCUCCGCGCUCAGUGCCGCCGACGUCCGGGAAGCCAAGGAAGGCUGCGCCCUGUGCCGCCUGGCCGCCGCCCUCGCCGAGGCCGAGCGGUUCACCGAGACGGUUGCCGCUGAGCUGGACACUGUCAAGAUGGAACUGGCUGCACUAACCGGUGAUGCUGCCAACGAGGAGCUCACUCCAGAGGAACGCCUCGAGGCGCUGGCGAAGAAGGCCGCCCGCCUCAAUACGAAGAAGCGUCUUGAAAGGGAGCUGCGCGUCCGGGAGGCGGAGGAGAAGGCCUUACGGGAGCAGUGCGGGGAAGCUGAGGUGCUGUUCAAGCAGGGGAAGGUAGACCUCGCCACGGAGACCCUCGAGUCGCUGCAGAAGAAGUUAUCAAAGAGUGGAGUGGCGUUUGAGAUGAGUUCCCUGAUGAAAAGACUCGUGCUAACUUAGCUUCUCUCUUCAUCAUGGUAGUUUGGGCAUUGGCAUGUUUUCAUUUUAAAAAAAGGACAGCGUUUCUUUCUAAACAAUAUGAGUGUCUAGAUUUGUCAUAUUCUAAUGUUGUUUAUGUAGCUUUGACCUUGGAGUUUUAAACAAUUAUUAUGACAACUACAUCUUCUCUUUGAUAUUUUGUCAACAUUGUUCCAAGAAAUAGUAUAACUGUAACGUGUCUGUCUGAGAAACGUUUUUUAAAACAGUAACUCGUUUAAUUUUUAGUUUUUCAAUAAAGCUAACUUGUUCUUA